AUGACGACGACGAUGACAUUUUCGGCAGCGACUGCUCGCGAUGAUGCGUCGUCGCUGAGAACGAGAAGACAUCAUUUACGUCGCACAACCUUGAAUAAUAAUAAUACUAAACCAUCAUCAUCGUCAUCUUCAUCAUCAUCGAGAAGAAGAAGAAGAAGAAGAAGAAGAACAAUCAUCAUCACGCGGAGUUUCUUUAACAACAACAACAACAAGAAAGAAGAAGAAGAAGAAGACAGCGGAGACUUCAUCACCAACUUAGUCGGAAAACUCUUCCCGGGGAUGUUAGACGACCCAGAACCAGCCGGGUUGAAACGAAUGACGAGAGAGGAGUGGCCGGACCAAUGGCCGGCGAAUUGCGAGGAAUUUUUAGAACCGAUGUCUGAUAUCGACGAUACGAGAGAGUUGCGUUUAGUUCGAAGAGUUCUGAAGCAGACGCAAAUGGAGUCGAAAAGAUUGGGCAUCGCGUACGACGCGGAGACGCACGGAUGGAGUGGGUCGAGUUUUCACACGCAAUUAGAUGGACAAGGGUGCGGUUUGUUAAUAGCGGAGACAACCGACGGGGUGGUGUUUGGCGGUUAUAAUCCUAAAGGUUGGGUCGGAUACGGAGAGUGGGCGGACGCAAUCAGCGCGUUUUUGUUCGUGUACGCGAGAGGUACGAAAGAGAAUCCAACGAAGUGCGCGAAAAUCGGUGGCAGCGGAAUGGCAAUCAUCGACGAGGCGGGUAAAUCGCCUCAAUGGGGACCGGAUGGUUUGAAAAUCCAGCUCGAAUCGAAAAUGGCCGCGAGUCGACUCGGCACGUACUACGGAAAUGACUCAGACCCGGACGUUUCGACGAGUUUAUUCGGUACGGUUGGAGGUGGCAGAGGAUCGUCCAAAAGUACGACCGUGCGCUUGAAGAGUUUAAGAGUGUACGUGAAACUCGAAGACUCGGAAUUGGAAAAGAACUACAAACCAAACGCGUUGCAGUUUCAAGAAGGCGAGCUCGAGAAACUCAGAGAAAACGAUUGA